CUGGGCGCGCGGCCGCGGCUCCGCCCCUCCGCGCUGGCCGCCGGGUCGCCGCCGGGCGUUGGCAGCUUCGGAGAGCCUUCCCGGCUCCGGGCGCCCGCGGGCAGGGCGCGGGGGCAGCGCCUCGCUCGGCUGCGGAGGCUGCGGGGCCACCGCUCCAGAUGCAGAAGCCAUGGAGUUGAGCUGCAGCGAAGUACCUCUUUACAACAAACCAGCUCUGACGCUCAUAUUUCAGCAAAUCAGCAAGCACCCAAACGUUGCUGUUGGAAAGACGGAUUCGUACUAGUUGAGCGCUCUCACGAGAAGUGAAGGGGCAGAUGACGGUGUGUGCGAAGUUCGACAAAAAUGUCUAUCUUCCUAAAGAUGCCGAGUUUUACUUUAUUUAUAACGGAUCUCAUCAGAGACACGUGGUGAUUGCCGAGCGCACGGAGGACAACGUUCUCCAGUCCAGCAUUCCAGGCCACGGGCUUCAGGAGAUGGUGACGGUGUCUGUGUGCCUCUGCUCAGAAGGUUACUCCCCGGUGACCAUGGGCUCCGGAUCCGUGACCUACGUGGACAACAUGGCCUGCAGGCUGGCCCGUCUGCUGGUCACCCAGGCCGAUCGCCUCACUGCCAGUAGCCAUCAGACCUUGCUGACCCCGUUUGCCCUGACGGUGGGAGCGCUGCCUGCUUUGGACGAGGAACUCGUGCAGGCGCUGACCCAUCUGGAGUUGCCUCUUGGGUGGACCGUCUUAGGACAUUCUUCACUUAAAGUUACUCUUCCCAGAGAGUCCCUCCUCCACCUGGCUGUGCGCUGGGGCCUGCCGAAGCUGUCCACGUUCCUCGUGUGUCUCCCGGGGGGCGUUCAGGCCUUGGCUUUACCCAAUGAAGAGGGUGCCACGCCAGUAGACUUAGCUUUAAGUGGUGGGCACUCCACGCUGGCUGACAGCAUCACAAAUUUCCAGGGCAGACGUUCCCCAGGCUUCUCCCGAGUGCAGCUCAGCGAAGAUGCCUUCCUGCAGUAUAUCCACGCGUCAGGAACGCUGACCCUGACGCUCCACCACACGGCCGAGCAUUUGUUGGAGGCAGACAUUAAACUCUUCAGGAAAUACUUUUGGGAUAGAGCCUUUCUCAUCAAGACUCUUGAAGAGCAAGAAACCAGGCCAGAGGAAAAAUCAGAUAUGCCUUCCAGUACUGCAGAAACCGAAGAAGAGGUUAAGAAUUUGGUGUCCAGUAGAUCUUCACCUGAACAGGAGGAUGGAAAGGGCGUGAAAAGCCUGGUGGUUCAACGGAAUGAGCAUGAAGACCAGGACAGUCUAGAUUUGGAUCGCUCCUGUGAUGUCCUCAGAAAAUCCAAGCAGCCCCCCACGUUCCACGCUGCCGGUGGGCUUUCUGACAUGCUGAACGGUGGCGAUGAAGUCUAUGCUAACUGUAUGGCGAUAGAUCAGGUUGGUGAUUUGGAUAUUAACUAUAUAAACCUAGAGGGAGUCACUACACACACCUGCCCUGAGUCCAUGGAUUCUACUCUGACACCUCAGAGCGGCAAGCAUAUCCUUUCUACCGAAACCAGCCCUGGCAGGCACCCGCUCCAUGAGAACAAGGAAGUGACAUCAAAUACUGAAGCCCAACAGUCCUUCACAUCGCCAUCUAGUUCAUGUGCUUCCAACUUAAAUCUUUCUUUUGGUCUUCAUGGAUUUGAAAAGGAACAAAGUCAUCUAAAGAAAAGAAGAGAUCACAGGUUGGAAGACAAACUCAGAGGCACAAGAUAUCAGCAAACCUUUGACCUCCUACCCCACCCCAGAUCUCUUUCUACCCUCAGUUCCAGCCUCGAUGCCCUGGAUGCGGACAGUGAGGGGGAAGGGCCUGCGGAGCAGGCACACCUGUGCUACAUGCCCGUGUCGCAGACUUCCUCCAGAACCGGGAUUCCCAGUGGGGAUGAAUUAGACUCUUUUGAGACCAACACUGAACCAGAUUUUAACAUCUCCAGGACUGAGUCACUUUCUCUAUCAAGUAACCUUCAGUCAAAGGAAUCACUACUUUCUGGAGUCCGCUCACGUUCUUAUUCCUGCUCAUCACCCAAAAUUUCUUUAGGAAAAUCUCGGUUGGUGCGUGAUUUUACAGUGUGCAAUGCAAGUGAAGAUGGUGUGCUCCACAGUGGCCGCUCCCUCCAUCAGUCUCUCUCACUGUCUAAAUCAGUGGCUCUGCUCCAUCCCUGUAAGCAAAGAGCGUACAGUUUACCAGAGCCGCCAGAAGAAAAAAGAAUUCCGGAAGAAGAAUGGGAUAAAUACAUCAUACCUGCCAAAUCGGAUUCUGAAAAGUACAAAGUGAGCCGAACUUUCAGCUUCAUCAUGAAUCGGAUGACUAGCCCUCGGAAUAAAUCUAAGACAAAAAGCAAGGAUGCCAAAGACAAAGAGAAGCUGAGUCGACAUCAAUUUGUCCCUGGAACUUCCUCUGGAGUUCUACAGUGUUUGGUUUGUGAUAAAACGCUCCUGGGGAAGGAGUCGUUUCAGUGUUCCAGCUGUACUGCAAAUGUACAUAAAGGUUGUAAAGAUGCUGCACCUCCAUGUCCCAAGAAAUUCCAAGAGAAAUAUAACAAGAACAAACCACAGACCAUCCUUGGAAAUUCUUCAUUUAGAGACGUCCCCCUGGCUGGUCUCUCCUUGCACCCUUCUUCCUCCAUGCCCAUCGGAUUGCCGGCCGGGAGGAAAGACACCACGGGGCAGGCCCAUCCGUUGUCCAGAAGUGUUCCCGGCACCACCUUGGACAGGAGGCCAGGCACAUCCUUGGAGUCCGAGGGUGACGGGAACGCCUGGAGAAGCAGGUCUCAUUCCGAUGAGCUCUUACAGUCCAUGGGCUCAUCCCCCUCCACGGAUUCUUUCUUAAUGGAAGAUGUCGUGGAUUCUUCUCUGUGGAGUGACCUCAGCAGUGAUGCCCAGGAGUUUGAAGCCGAGUCGUGGAGUCUUGUGGUGGACCCCUCGUUUUGCAGCAGGCAGGAGAAGGAUGUCAUCAAAAGACAGGAUGUCAUUUUUGAGCUAAUGCAAACGGAAAUGCAUCACAUCCAGACCCUCUUCAUCAUGUCUGAGAUCUUCAGGAAAGGGAUGAAGGAGGAGCUGCAGCUGGACCACAGCACUGUGGAUAAAAUCUUCCCCUGCUUGGAUGAGUUACUUGAAAUUCAUAGGCAUUUCUUCUAUAGCAUGAAGGAGCGGAGGCAGGAAUCCUGUGCUGACAAUGACAGGAAUUUCAUCAUUAACCGAAUUGGAGAUAUUCUAGUCCAACAGUUUUCAGAAGAAAAUGCAAAUACAAUGAAGAAAAUAUAUGGAGAAUUCUGUAGCCAUCACAAAGAAGCUGUCAGCCUAUUUAAAGAACUCCAGCAAAAUAAAAAGUUUCAGAAUUUUAUUAAGCUCCGAAAUAGUAAUCUUUUGGCUCGACGCCGAGGAAUUCCAGAAUGCAUCCUGCUAGUCACUCAGCGCAUCACCAAGUACCCCGUGUUAGUGGAGAGGAUAUUGCAGUACACAAAGGAAAACACAGAAGAACAUAAAGACUUAUGCAAAGCUCUUUGCCUAAUAAGAGACAUGAUUGCAGCAGUGGAUUUAAAAGUCAGCGAAUAUGAGAAAAACCAAAAAUGGCUCGAGAUCCUAAGUAAGAUCGAAAACAAAACAUAUACCAAGCUCAAAAACGGCGAUGUGUUUAGGAAGCAGGCACUGAUAAGCAAAGAGAGGACUUUAUUACAUGACGGCCUUGUUUUUUGGAAAACUGCUACGGGCCGUUUCAAAGAUAUCCUAGCGCUACUUCUAACUGAUGUGCUGCUCUUUUUACAAGAAAAAGACCAGAAAUACAUCUUUGCAGCUGUUGAUCAGAAGCCAUCCGUUAUUUCCCUUCAGAAGCUUAUCGCCCGAGAAGUUGCUAAUGAGGAGAGAGGAAUGUUUCUGAUCAGCGCUUCUUCUGCUGGCCCUGAGAUGUAUGAGAUUCACACCAACUCCAAGGAGGAGCGAAAUAACUGGAUGAGACGGAUCCAGCAGGCAGUCGAGAGUUGCCCAGAAGAAGAAGAAGGCAGGACAAGUGAGUCUGAUGAAGAGAAGCGGAAAGCUGAAGCAAGAGUGGCCAAAAUUCAGCAAUGUCAAGAACUACUCUGUAAUCAAGACCAGCAAAUCUGUACGUAUCUGGAGGAGAAGCUGCAUAUCUACGCUGAGUUGGGAGAACUGAGUGGAUUUGAGGAUGUCCACCUGGAGCCCCACCUCCUCAUCAAACCGGACCCCGGCGAGCCUCCCCAGGCGGCCUCCUUGCUGGCAGCAGCACUGAAAGAAGCUGAGAGCCUGCAGGUCGCAGUGAAGGCCUCCCAGACGGGCGAUGCCUGUCAGUCCCCUGAGGAAGGGUGUGCAGAAGCUGCCUUGCCCGAUGUGCCCAGUUGUGACGCGCCAGGACCGCCUACUGCUUCACUAGUCACAGAAGGGACAGGAGGAAGAGGCUGUUGGGAUGUGGACCCCGGGACCCAGGGUGUGGGAGCCGACUUGGCGGCCUCCGAUGCAGGGGAGAAGGAGGAAUAUAGAAGUUUUCCAGGUUCCUCUCAGUCAGAGAUUAUACAAGCGAUACAGAAUUUAACCCGUCUCUUAUACAGCCUUCAGGCCGCCUUGACCAUCCAGGACAGCCACAUCGAGAUCCACAGGCUGCUUCUCCAGCCGCAGGACAGCUCGUCCCCGGGCCCCUCCUUCCGAGGCAGCCCCUUCCAGGACCCGGACAAGCACCGCAGCCUGGAGAAGCGGCGAGAGGAGCUGGCCGACAUCCCCAAGCUGCAGCGCCAGUUCCAGCAGGACCAGCGGCGCUGGCAGCGCAGGUGCGACCAGCAGCGGCGGGAGCAGGAGGCCCGGGAGAGCUGGCUGCAGGAGCGCGAGCGGGAGUGCCAGUCGCAGGAGGAGCAGCUGCGCAGGAGCCGCGGGGAGCUGGACCUGCAGCUGCAGGAGUACCUGCAGAACCUGGAGCAGCUGAGGGCGGGCCAGCGCCUGGUGGAGAGGGAGAGGGGCAGGAUGCGCGCCCAGCAGAGCCUGCUGGGCGGCUGGAAGCACAGCCGGCAGAGCAGCCUUCCCGCGGCCUUCUCUCCAGGAAGCCAGGAGGUAAUGGAACUUAAUCGAUCUGAGAGUUUACAUUAUGAAAAUUCAGUCUUCAUCAACGAUGCUUUAGUACAAAUGUCAUUUAACACUUUCGACAAACCAACUCCACCAGCCAUCCACCAGGACGCCACUUGUCCCCCCAGUAUAUCUAACUCUGACUCGGAAAGGACUAGUGAAAAUCAAGUAGACCUCAAGACAGGUGUUUCUCAGCCCACAGGUGAAAACCAUGAACUAUGGACAGCCGCUGAGUCCUGUCAGCAGACAGCCCCCCUCCACCAAAGCAGCGAGGAUUCUUGUCAAAAUGAUUUGGACAUCUCUGAGGCUGAGUUCCCAACCCCCCCUGACUCAAACCCACCUGGCCCUGAGCUGCAGACAUUUAUAGCAGAAGCAAAGCUAAAUCUACAGACACUGACCAGGCAAGAUGGGGAAACUGGAGAUGGAGCCGAAGAAAAUAUUGUUUACCUCUAA